AUUCGGUAAUUACCAAACCCGUCUGGUGUGUGUUACAAAAGUGAUUGUAUUAUUCCAUUAUUGCGUAUUUCGCUAUACAUUCACCGUACAAAGAGUAAGAGAGAAUCGAAGAAAAUUGGCCGAAAAUAUUAAUUUGGCCCAAAAUUCGAAAGGAGUUGCAUCAGCUUUACCUUUCGCCGUACAAUUCAUUCGCAAAAAUACGAAGCUAUUGUACGUUCGCCGUUUGCGACGAACUCAAAAGCGACACCAUAUUUUUGUAUGAAUCAACUAUCACGACCGACCGAAUAAAAAAAACACACAUUUGAGAUAAUUACAUUUAUCAAUAAAAACAAAGGAACCAGCAAUUCAUCCAGCAAUCAGUGAAAGAUUUGUGUGUGUGUGUGUUAAGUUAAAAGGGCAUUUAUUAAUCAUCGCAUACAUUUUGGAAUUUAAAAUAGUGUUGUGGUUUUUUGAGCGUUUGACACAAAUACGUGUAUUCGAUAGUAAAACGAUUUGCUCUACAUUUCAUUAUUAUUAUUUUACCGUAUGUCACCGUUGUGAGCGCGCUCUCUUACCAAUUUGACAGCGAUGCAGUGUAAUUUCAACCCAAUUCAACGUAUUCAUUUGAAGAACCUUCCAGUAAUACAUUAACAUUUAACAAUGAGUGUGUAUACAAGUUGUGUGAAAUAAUUAAAUAAAUCAUAUUUCAUAAAAUCAAUGAUUAUUCGAAAAUACAUUCGAAAGAAUUUUCUGUGCACGCGAUCAUUUCAUUUUGUAGGUGAUUGUGUUGUUGGUGUAUUUUUUGUGAACGAGUGAAUAACGAACGAAGAAAGAAACGCAAAAAAAAACUUAUAGAAAGAGAGAAAGGAACAUAGAUAAUCGAUUAAAAAGCGUUCAGACGAAAAAUAAAAAGUUAUACGAAAAUGGACUUUGCGAUGAAAGAUUUUGAUUUGCACACAGCUACUGGCGAUAGCGCGGUGAAUGUGCAACAUAAAAAACCAUUUGACAUUGCUGACGUGGAUAAUAAUGCAAUGAAAAUUGAGAACGAAGAGUGGAAUAUCGAUAGUAUAUUUCCACUGAAUACUGAUUUCUUAAAUGAUUUUAAUGACUUGGGCGACCUGAAUAUGGAUACAUGGACCGAUGCAUAUGAUUAUAUGUCAUCACCAACAUCAACCGGCACCGAAUCAGAAAACGACCACGAUAUGCUGGGCAUGAAACCGAUUGCUGAUCAAAUGCUAAGUCCACCACAAAAUUUGAUUUCAAGCUCCUCCUCAGACAGCGGCCUAUCCAGUGAUCAUGUUGACUUUGACAUGAAUUUCGAUCAAAUCGGAUCGGAUCUAUUGCAGCAGCCACUUUUGUCGUCCCAAAUCAUUCCAGAAUUGGCUGAUGAAGAACUACAACUUACAAAACUAGUGAAACCCGAAGCCGUCUUGGAGAAAUCCAUUAAAAUAUCACCAUCAAAUACACCGAAGUUCAUUAAACAAAAUGCAACUCCGAUUCAAUUGAAAACCAAACCAACGGAACAAACGGUUUCAACACAAAAUGUUCAAAAUAUUAAACGAGCUCCAACGAAUGUAGUUCAAAUGUCCGAUGUAAAACCCGUUUUUAAACAACAAAACGGUGCAAUCAUCAGUGAAAAUGUAGUUGCAAACAACACUUCAAUCGUUAUCAACAAAAUUAACGGCAAUAUUUCAGGUAUUCGUAAAUUGGUUCAAGUGAAAAAAGGACCCAAUCAGAAAUCAAUCAUUCUUCCAUUUUCAUUGAAGAAUGGUACUGACAUUCGUUCGAUUAAAAUUAUCAAACCAUCAUCGUUGACAAAAUCUCCAAAAAUCCUAAUGGCCGCAUCAAAUCUACUACAAGAAUACAAACAAAAUGCAAUUAUCGUCAACAAACCAAUCAAAUUGGAGCCCAAAUAUGAAAUUGAUUCAAUGUCAGAACCAUCAGAUUGUGAAAGUUAUAAAUUCGAAGAGAUGUUUGUGCACGACGACGACGAUGAUGAUGAUGUGAAUAAUGACAGUGAACAAGAUGGUGAGACUGAACAUCAAUCCGAAUAUCCGAAAUUGGUAUUGUCCGGUGAAGAAAAGCGAUUGCUUGCAAAAGAAGGCAUCACACUACCAGCCCAUUACCCGCUUACAAAGCACGAAGAACGUGAAUUAAAACGAAUUCGACGAAAGAUCCGUAAUAAAAUUUCCGCACAAGAUUCACGCAAACGAAAGAAGGAAUAUGUUGAUGGAUUGGAAGAGCGUGUUAAAAAAUGCACCGAUGACAAUCAAACACUCCAAAAGCGUAUUAAAUUAUUGCAAACACAAAAUCAAAAUCUUGUGAAUCAAAUGAAGAAAAUGCAAAGUUUAUUAUCAAAAUGUGGCAACAAGAGUGUACAGCCCGCAACAUGUUUGAUGGUUUUAUUGAUGAGCAUGGCAUUGAUUGCGGCUCCAAAUUUAAAAAUGAACAAAGAUGGCAACGACGGUGCAAUGCCAACCGAUAUUAUGAUGGAAGAGAAUCAAAUGCAACAGAAUCGUCGAUCGUUGUUGUUCGAUUCAAGAGAGAAAUUUGGUGAUGCUGUUGCCGACGAAGAAAUGGGCAACGAUUUUGGUUUGUUCUGCAAAACCGAAGAUAAUGAGCAUAAUUAUGCAACAGAUGCAUCAUGCAAUCAAUUUAAUAAAGUUGGUGAUCUAAUCGAUACAUUAGAUUUGGAUGAUGAUGAUCCAUGGGUACCGCCAAACCGGACAUCACAUCAGAAAAUUCCGGCCGAACAUUUUGACAACACAUAUGACAGCAGUGUCGUGAUGAAAGACAUCGUCAUGAAUGUGUCACCGGUAACGCAUAUUAAAACAGCGAAAAAUCUGAGCGAUCUACCACCCGAAAAUGCAUACCAAUUAAAAAUCGAUGCAAAUGGCAUACCGAACAUUGUUAAUUUGAACACCGAAAUCGAUUCAAAGAAUGUUUAGUGCAAACAUCAUAUCGUUUGUCAUGAUAACAGCACAUUUAUUGAGUGUUACCAUCAGCACACUCAUUGAUAUACAGUCGCUUUGUUUGCAUUUGUAAUUGCUUGUUUUUUUUGUUGACUUCUUUUCAUUCUAUCUCUCUCUCUCUCAGUCAUGAGUCUUUCAUUUUUACAGUGCAAACAAUGAGUAUUCGAAUAUGAUUCCAGUUUAAAAAAAAAACUAUAAAAACAAUAUAUAUAUUUUUUCAUUUAAAUUUCAUCAUCGUAUUCGCAACGAUAAAGCCUUUAGCGUACGUUUGAUCUUUAUCUAUUACACACUCAUUUUUUUCUUCUUCUUUGAUUCAAUUUGUUAUCUUGUUUUGUUUCUAUUUGCUCUUUAACUGGAAUUGGACAGCAACUCAAAUUACAUACACACAUAUAUUUUUUCUGUUACGAAGGGGACUAGCAAAACAAGGGUUUUUCCUUUUCUUUGUUAGAUUAGUUCUAUAAAAGAAGAUUUAUAAUUAUCAUUUUUUUUCGUGUGUUAUCACACUUUUAAUUUUAUAAGAUGAUUUCGUCAAUGACGAUAGAAAACUUUCAAAUUUUAACGCAUUUUUAAACAAGUAAAUUCUUUGAAUUAUUAUUUUGAAAUGAUGAUUAUCAAAAAAAAAAAAAAUUAUAUUCGACACAUACAUAAGUGUCGAAAUUCGACAAAAAUAAAGAUUAUUUAUAGUUUUUUUGUUGUUGAAAGAAACUAAAAUGCAUGUAUUAAUUUGAUUUUAUUUGCAAUGAUUCACAUUAGAUUUAAUUGACUUAUUUAUAUCCUAUUAUAAAUACAUUUUUACACAGAAGAAAAAGAUUUACACAAUUCUUAAUGAAUAAACUAAAACGGAAUUAAAAAUCAACAAUUUUUUUUUGUUAUAAAACGCGAAUAUAUUUGGCACUUUAUAUUUAUCUACUGAAAACACUAUUUUUUAAUUUUAGUAAAUGGAAGAAUAAAUUUUGGCCGAAACCGAGAGUAAACUGUAAAACCAUAUUAUGCAUAUAUAGCUAGUUUAGCUCGUUGAUAAAUAAAAACAGGAAGUGCAACUUUGUAUAUAAGUAUAAUCAUAUAUCUUCAGAUAAAAAUUAUCAAAUAAAAACUUGGAAAAGCAAAA